AUGCAACCGCUUGAUCGAACAAGAGUGGACCCGAUCCACAGCAAUACAAACAAAGCGAAUCGGUCUCAGCUUUCUUCUUCUUCUUCUCGAAAGCGCGUAGGAAUGGGGAAUACGUAUUGCAUCCUCGGUGGUUGCAUUGAUCAAGCGAGCGUUGGUGUGGUCGAACGCUGGGGUCGAUUCGAGCACAUAGCCGAGCCUGGAUGUCAUCUCUUCAACCCUCUCGUCGGUCAGUGGCUCGCCGGAGUUCUCUCCACCAGGAUCAACUCUCUCGAUGUCAAAAUCGAGACCAAAACUAAGGAUAAUGUGUUUGUUCAGCUGGUUUGCUCGAUUCAGUAUCGUGUAGUGAAAGCUAGUGCUGAUGAUGCGUUUUAUGAGCUCCAAAACCCUAGAGAGCAGAUCCAAGCCUAUGUUUUUGAUGUGGUUAGAGCUUUGGUCCCUAUGAUGACCCUGGACGCCCUUUUUGAACAAAAGGGAGAAGUCGCCAAGUCUGUUCUUGAGGAACUAGAGAAGGUGAUGGGGGCUUAUGGGUACAGUAUUGAGCACAUUCUGAUGGUUGACAUUCUUCCCGAUCCCUCUGUACGCAAGGCGAUGAACGAAAUCAAUGCAGGCGGUGUUGGGGUGGCUAGACAGAGGCAAGCAAUCACUGACGGAUUGAGGGAGAACAUAAUGAACUUCUCUAGCAAAGUAGAAGGUACAUCAGCCAAAGAAGUGAUGGACUUGAUCAUGAUCACUCAGUACUUUGACACCAUGAGGGACCUUGGAAACUCGUCAAAGAACACAACUGUGUUUCUCCCGCACGGUCCGGGACACGUGAGGGACAUCAGCGACCAGAUACGCAACGGUUUAAUGGAGGCGGCGAGUGCUCAGGUUAGCGACGUCUAA